GGAAAAUGACAAGGGGAUGUGCCGGUAGCAAGCUAGCAGGAUAAACGCAACCAUGGAGCCAAGUUAUUAGCAUCUUAUUCCUCCGUAAAGGGUUACAUUAAAGGUGUAAGCUGGGGGAGGAUGAGUCGUGGCCGGGGGUCAAGGAGGAGAGCGGACAGGUGGCCACCAGCCUCAGAGGUCGAAGCCCUGGACCCAGAGCUGCUACUCGAGGUUAGAAAGCUCUUUGGUAAGUUGAAGACCUACACCAAACCAGCCAAUAUAGAGUGGCGUCUCCCUGACCCCAGUGAUGCUCUGAGACACACAGCCCAGGAGCAUGGUUGCCUACAAGCGCUGAAGGUCUCCCUGAACUCGGUUAAAAACCAGCUCAGUGACAAAGACCUGGAGGUGUGGCACCAGCACACAAACUCCACCAACCGAGCCGGGAAGGUCAUCGCCACGGUGCGGGCAGCCGCCAACGCUGAGAUCUGCACGCAGGCCUGGUGUAAGUUCUACGAGAUCCUGGGCACUUUCAGUAUCCUGCCUGAAGAUGCGCUCCAAAGCGGAGAGCUCAACACGGUGCACCUGUGUGAAGCACCAGGGGCCUUCAUCGCUGCGCUCAACCACUACCUAAAGACCAGCCAGCACACCCGUUACUGUGACUGGAGCUGGGCGGCCAACACGCUCAACCCCUAUCACGAGGCCAACGGAGGGAGCACAACCAUCGCAGACGACCGGCUCCUCGCCAACACGCUGCCCUGGUGGUUCUUCGGCUCGGACGACACCGGCGACAUCAUGAGCCAGAAGCACCUGCUGGAGCUGCAAGGGUUUGUGGGCAACAUGCGCCGUGUGGACGUGGUGACGGCGGACGGCAGCUUCGACUGCCAGGGGAACCCUGACGAGCAGGAGGCCCUGGUGGCGUCCCUGCACCUGUGCGAGGCGUCUGCCGCUCUGCUCUUGCUGAGCCCCGGAGGCUCCCUGGUCCUGAAGAUGUUCACCCUGUACGAACACUCGUCCCUCUGCCUGCUCUACCUGCUCACCUGCUGCUUCGGCUGCGUCAACGUCUUCAAGCCCGCGACCAGCAAGUCGGGCAACUCCGAGGUGUACGUGGUGUGUCUGCGCUACGAGGGCAAGGAAGCCUCGAGGCCCCUCCUCUCCAAGUUGAUUCGUCACUACGGGCCGGACCUGGCGUCCCGGGAGGCUCUGUUCCCCGAUUGGCUGAUCCCACCCUCCUUCCUGGCACAGCAUGAGCAGGUGUGCAGAUACUUCCACAGGCUGCAGGUGGACACCAUCACAGAGAACCUGCGUCUGUUUGGAGCGCUGAGCGCAAAGCACAGUCUGAAGCUGGAGCAUCUCAGGGACCUCACCGCUCAGGAGUACCUCCAACGCUUCCAGGUGAGCCCCCUGGCGCGGGGCCGGUGGCUGUCUCGCAGCACUGUGGCUCCUGCCUGCUGCAGUGUGACAGGGGGGAGGCCCCUGGGCCAGCGCCAGCAGAUUGGUUCCUUCAACGAGCGACGGGAGCUGCAGGCCUUGGGCUGGAGGCAGCGUGUGGAGCGAGGCCGCUAUGCUGCCUGGGUGCAGGAGCACCUCCCUGAGGGCGCUGGGUCCGGGGGAGCCCUAAGUGGGCCCCUGGCAGACUGCAGCAUGGACUUCUGGUAUGUGUUAGUGGGUCCCGCUCUCCCUGUGGUCAGGAACUCCCCCUUCUGUGACGGACUUCUGUUGGGCCAUCUGAACGAGGCCCUGGAGCAGGUGAUUCAGCACGCUGGAGGGGAGGGGGGAGCGGCCUGGGGUCAUGUCCCCUCCUGUGGCUCCUGCCCUCAGACUGCGCCCUUGUCCAUUCUCACACAAGUGUCAGAACUCUGUGACAUCAUCUCCCACGGUGUGGAGGGGGCUGUGGCAAGGAGACGAGUUCUGGUCCUGGGCAGUGCCUCAGUGUGGGGGGGCUAUGCUGAGCAGCUGGGGGGGCUGGAGGUGAGCUUCUCGGCCGAGCCCAGCCUCCCCACAGCGGAGUGUGCCACCCUGCACGAUGGGGAGGCGGGGUACCAGAGGGAGCUGCUAGGCUGCGUGCUGCUCUCUCUACAGAGCUUGCUGCCUGGUGACGCUUUCCUGCUCCCCCUCCUCUCUGCUUUCACUCGCGUCACUGCGGCAACCGUGCUCUGUCUGCACCUGGUGUUCUGCACUGUGACUUUCAGGUGCCCCGCCCCCUGUGGUGCGGCGGGGGCUGUGCUGGUGUGUGGAGGGUUCUGCCCCACGGCUGCCACCAGGCUCCUCCCCUACCUCAGAGACCUCUGUCAGCAGAUGAGCCAGCUGGCCAGCGGAGAGAUGGGGGACAGGAGGCAGGUCCUGCAGUUCGUCCCCAUGGAAGAGCUUCUCAGAGGAGGACUGACUGACUUACUGUGGACCAUGAACUCUGCCAUCGUCCAGCAACGACUGCACCGACUCAUGCAGCCCUAGAAGGACUCUGGGGAGGGCAGGGGACCAGAGGGGGAAGGUCAAGGUCCGGGUAGUCAAGGGGCUUAGGGUGCCUGGGUCUGGGAGGAUCUCGGCAUUAAAGCGUGUGGUUGUUGGUCUUUGUGCUGUGGCCAUCUAAUCUAAGAAAUGCUUUGAGAUUAAAACUGCUGGAAAGCCUUCUUGCCUUAACCUGACCGGUAGCGUGACACCGCAUCCCCAAGAGGCAGCAGUAAGGACACGUGCGUUCACUCAUCAGCCCUCUGAGCUGCACUUGCCGCUAGCUGGAACAUCUGGGAUCACGCUGUUGGUGUCCAGUAGACACCAGUGUACCCAACUACAUUGGAGUGUUCAUUUACAUAGAAGGAAGUUGACAUAGAAGGACUUUUUGUAUUUGCUUUGCUUUUCUACAAAUUGUCUCACCUUUCAGUUUUCAGUUUUUACAUACUUUAAUACUGAAUGGGAUGUUUUUUUUUAUGGAUUGGAUUUCAAUAAAGAAUGUGUCAAAGUGUC